UCAUUUCCCUUACCCUUUUCCUCUGAGAAAGAGGAGAUGCAACAGAGAAGAAGAUUUAGUGAGAAAUGGUUGCUAGGGUUUUGUUUGGGGUUUGUGCUUGCAUUCAACUCCAUCAUACACGCAGGUGCUUCAAUUCAUGAGUACAGAAACGAGCCUUUUACUACUCAGUCCGAUUCCUUCUUCUUCCAUGGAGGAAGUGAGGGUCUUUACGCUUCUCAACCCAAGUCCAAAGACAAAACCAACAAGGGGAAGUCCUUUAUUAGGUUUGAUUCUGUCACCUUUGUGAGGACAAAAGAGUCAACUAACAAGGUGAAUGAAAUGCAGCAGAAUACUGGAUUGGUGGAAGCCAUAAUACUUGAGAUAAAGGACAGCAAGAAGAUUGGAGCUUCCCUUAACAAACAUGAUGCCAUAUGUUGCACCCCAAUUCUUUCCAAGGAUAUAUCCUGCAAGGUCGGAGAGGUUAUUAUCCAAAACAACCCAGACAACCCUGGGUGGCCAAAACGCAUUAAAACCUUCUUUGAAGGAAAAAAUGAAGUGGUCAAUAUGUCUCCUCUAUCUGUUGAUAUAAAUAGUACCGGAAUGUACUAUCUUUAUUUUAUGAUUUGUGAUCCACAACUUAAGGGCACAAUUAUUAAAGGAAGAACUAUAUGGAGGAACCCAGAAGGUUAUUUACCUGGAAAGAUGGCUCCUUUAAUGACUUUCUUUGGCUUCAUGUCAUUAGCUUACCUUGCUCUUGGCCUAGUCUGGUUUCUAAGGUUUGUCAAGUUCUGGAAAGAUAUUAUACAGUUGCACUACCAUAUCUCUGCAGUAAUUGCUCUUGGGAUGUGUGAAGUGGCUCUCUGGUAUUUUGAAUAUGCGAAUUUUAAUUCUACUGGAAGCAGACCAGUGGGUGUUACAUUGUGGGCAGUAAGCUUUACCGCUGUUAAGAAAACUGUGUCUCGCCUUCUCCUUUUGGUUGUUUCAAUGGGCUAUGGCGUGGUGAGACCAACACUUGGUGGUAUAACCUCAAAAGUUCUUCUUCUUGGUUUGAUAUAUUUUGUUGCUUCAGAGGCACUUGGACUCGUUGAACAUUUGAGGAGCAUAAAUGACUUUUCUGAUAAAACAAAGUUAAUUUUAGUGCUUCCAGUCACUUUCUUGGAUGCCUGCUUUAUUCUUUGGAUUUUCUCCUCAUUAUCUAUAACUUUAGAGAAACUUCAGAUGCGGAGAAGCAUGGCUAAACUUGAGCUCUAUCGAAAGUUUACUAAUUCACUUGCAGUUUCUGUGGUGCUCUCUAUUGCAUGGAUAGGUUAUGAGCUAUACUUCAAUGCAAGUGACCCAUCAAGUGAGCCUUGGGAAAUUGCCUGGAUUAUUCCAGCUUUCUGGAAUCUGCUUUCAUUUGCGCUCUUGAUUGUCAUAUGUAUUCUUUGGGCUCCUACUCGCAACCCAACUAGAUAUGCAUACUCUGAGGAGACAGGAUCAGACUUCGACGAGGAGGGUGUUUCACUGACAAGCAGCGUGGCAAACAUACCAGACAUGGUGGAAAGAAAGGAAAGGAUGGCAUCAACUGCAACAGAUCAUGUACUCGGGCUUGGAGAUGAUCUUGAGGAGGAUAAGCAAGAGUAAAUGAUUAAUCCGUCUCUUGUGACAGGAAUUCCCAAUACACAAAGCUUGGUUGCUUAUCUAAGGAUUUGCCUGUAGUUUCUCUUAUACAAAUUAAUAUACAUGUAUAGGGCUCCUGCUAAAGCCAUGUAACGCUCAAAUGAAAGUAUGACUGUAACAUUAGUAAGAUUUAUAAUGUUGUUAUAUAGGUCCUAGUUUCUUCCAAUCUACCUUCACUUCUCACAAA